AUGGAUCCUUUUGUGGUCCUGGUGCUCUGUCUCUCCUGUUUGCUUCUCCUUUCACUCUGGAGACAGAGUUCUGGGAGAGGGAAGCUCCCUCCUGGCCCCACUCCUCUCCCUAUUAUUGGAAAUAUCCUACAGUUAGAUAUUAGGAAUAUCAGCAAAUCUUUCAGCAAUUUCUCAAAACUCUACGGCCCUGUGUUCACUGUGUAUUUUGGCCUAAAGCCCACUGUGGUUUUGCAUGGAUAUGAAGCUCUGAAGGAAGCCCUGAUUGAUCAUGGAGAGGCGUUUUCCGGGAGAGGUGCUUUGCCACUAAUUGAAAGAAGUCAGAAAGGGCAUGGAAUCAUUUUCAGCACUGGAAAGAGAUGGAAAGAGAUGCGGCGUUUCUCUCUUUUGACCUUGCGAAAUUUUGGGAUGGGUAAGAGAAGCAUCGAGGACUGCGUUCAAAAGGAAGCCCGCUGUAUUGUGGAGGAGUUGAGAAAAACCAACGCCUCACCCUGUGAUCCCACUUUCAUCCUGGGCUGUGCUCCCUGCAAUGUGAUCUGCUCCAUCGUUUUCCAAAAUCGAUUUCAGUAUGAAGAUAAGAAUUUUCUUACCUUAAUGGAAAGAUUCAAUGAGAACUUCAGGAUUGCAAGCACCCCAUGGAUCCAGGUUUGCAAUAUUUUUCCUUUUAUCAUCGAUUACUUCCCAGGGACUCACAACAAAUUCCUUAAAAAUGGUGCUUUUACAAAAAGUUAUAUUUUGGAGAAAGUAAAAGAACACCAAGAAUCACUGGACAUUAACAAUCCUCGGGACUUUAUUGAUUGCUUCCUGAUUAAAAUGGAGCAGGAAAAGGACAACCAACAGUCUGAAUUCACUGUUGAAAACUUGGUUAGCACUGUAUUUGACCUGUUUGUUGCUGGAACACACACAACAAGCACCACUCUGAGAUAUGGACUCCUGCUCCUUCUGAAGCACCCAGAGGUCACAGCUAAAGUCCAGGAAGAGAUUGACCGUGUAAUUGGCAGACACAGGAGCCCCUGCAUGCAGGACAGAAGCCACAUGCCUUACAUGGAUGCUGUAUUGCAUGAGAUCCAGAGAUACAUUGACCUUAUCCCCAAUGGCUUGCUUCAUACAGUGACCUCUGACAUUAAAUUCAGAAACUACCUCAUCCCUAAGGGCACAAACAUAGUACCAUCACUGACUUCAGUGCUUUACGAUGACAAAGAAUUCCCCAACCCAGAGGUGUUUGACCCUGGCCACUUUCUGGAUGAGAAUGGCAACUUUAAGAAAAGUGAAAACUUCAUGCCCUUCUCAGCAGGAAAACGGAUUUGUGUUGGAGAAGGACUUGCCCGCAUGGAGCUAUUUUUAUUCCUGACUACCAUUUUACAGAACUUUAACCUGAAAUCUCUUACUGAUUUAAAGGCCCUCAAUGCCACUCCCACUGCCAAAGGACUUGUUUCUAUGCUACCUUCAUACCAGAUCUGCUUCACUCCUGUCUGA